CGGCGCUGCCCGGCCCGGCGCGGCCUCCGGGAGGGCUCCGCUCCCCUCCCCCGGCCAGCCGCGCCGCGCUGACAUCACCGCGGCCGUUAUGGACACGGCUAUUUAUACCUGCUCUUUUUUUCCCCUCCCCGCGUGGCUGAUCUCGGAAGCGCGAUGUGAACACAAUACGAUUCCAGGAAUCCCUCACUUCCUGGAACAGAUUAAAAGGGGCAAACAAAAGAUUACUUAGUAGGGUGGGUUUUUUCCGCGGAGCUUCAUUACCGCCGGAGUCGGUGCAGACGCCGGCUCAGCUCUGCCGGCUCCUUGCCUCGGCAGCCGGGGACACGCUAUUUAUUGGGAUUUAUUUAUUACCGUUUCACAGUGCUCUGAAUAUUUCUUUUUCUGAACCACUGCUCUGAAGGAAGAUCAGUUCCUCUUUAAAUAUCUAUCGUUUCCCUUUUCUUUGGUGAUUUUUUAAACUUCCCCCCCGGCUGUUUCUGAGCAGCAGAACAAGACGUUUUUUAAAGCACUGAGAGUGCACCCGCGUUCACGGCCAAAGUUGCUACACAAGCUUCCUCGGACAGCCCGAUCGCCUCCCGCUUGGCUUUUCCUGAGGCUGACACACAGCCUACUGUGGAAGGGGUUUGCUGGGACUCUCCAGCUUUCUCUGACCGUGAAAACCAAACCAGAGGCUGGAACCAGCUUGACUCCUGGGAAGCAAAGAGAAAGGAGGAAAGGAGAAGAGGAGAAAGCAUUUCCCACCUUCCUGAAGACUUAAUGCUUUUCCCUUGGUCCAGGAGUGACAUGAUCCUCUGUGUUCAGGGACCUCAUCCUUUGCUGGCGGAGGAAAAGAUCAGGAGGCUGUCGCUCAGGGGCAUUGCGGUGGAGCUGCCGGAGCCCAUCAUGCAGCCUCUCCCAGUUAUGGCCUUCCAGGAGGAGUCCACGCCUGCCUUUACAGCACCAGCUCCAGAGAGCAACCCACCUCAGACACGAGACCCUGAAGAAGACCUUCUCUGCAUUGCAAAAACCUUCUCCUAUCUGCGAGAAUCUGGUUGGUACUGGGGAUCUAUCACUGCCAGCGAGGCCAAGCAGCAUCUCCAAAAGAUGCCUGAGGGCACCUUCCUGGUACGGGACAGCACCCACCCCAGCUACCUGUUCACACUCUCGGUCAAGACCAAUCGAGGCCCCACCAACGUGCGCAUCGAAUACACUGACAGCAAGUUCCGGCUGGACUCCAACUACCUGUCCAAACCUCGCAUCCUGGCCUUCCCAGACGUGGUCAGCCUCAUCCAGCAUUACGUCACGUCCUGCACUAUGGAAAGCAAGGGCGAGGCUCCUUACCCGCCCCCGGCUCCUCUACCUCCCGUGCAGAAAGAGAUGGCGGCAGCUGCAGUGCACUUGAAGCUCAUCCGGCCGCUGGGCCGCAAGGACAACAUCCCCAGCCUGCAGCACCUGUGCCGGCUGCGCAUCAACAAGGCGGCAGCCGACGUGGAGCAGCUGCCUCUGCCGCGCCGGAUGACGGACUAUUUGAAGCAAUACCCUUUCCAGCUCUGAAGCGAGGCCCUUCUCUCUCAGGCAUGACAGACAGGGACGGAAGGAAGAGAACUUGGUGUCUUUGUCCCGCUGAAACGCGGCCUCGGGUGGGCACAGUAAAAGCCCUGAUUCUCAAGCAGAGACUGCAUCCAUCUUCCCUCUCUCCCCUUCCCUCUGAAUCCAUUCCAGCGCCAGGGAGGAGUUGGUGGUUUCGGUGAACGAUGGGACACAACCUGAGCUCUGAACCUCAGGCCUCGCUGACAGUGGCUGUGAGAAUGUGCUGUAGGCAUGUGCACACUACUUGAAUCUCAGAGUUGCUGUGACACCAGAAAUGUUGACAUUGUUAGUUUUGCUAUUUAUUUCCAUGGCAGUUUCUCUCCUCGGGAUAUUUUAAAAGCACCUUUUACUUUUUGUUGUUGUUGUUGUUUCUUUUUCUGUUGUGGAAUUAGAGAUCAAGAUUCCCAGCCAACUGGCAGCCAAAAAUCUGUGGGAAUUUGGAUUUGGAUUCACAUCCAAAUUGUACCUGUUUGAGCCUGUCCCUGUAACAGGUCACAGGAGUCCACAUCCAAGCUCCCUCAGACUGCUGGAGGAAGUGGGGCUCAGAUGACUGUAUCUAGACCCACCUCUACAGAAGCAGAGAAUAUCCUUUUUCUUUCUUCCUUAGCUCCAGGGGGCUGGGUAUCAUAAGCUCAAAGCACAUUGGCAGCAGCUUGUGCGUCCCUCAGCUGCAUUCUGCAUCAUAGGUCAUGGACAGGAGACGUCUUCAAGGAAGCCCUUCUUCCUUGAAAAGCUCUAAGCAGAGAUUUUGGAUAUUGAGCUUGAGCCAGGGAGCACUCAUCCCCCCUCCUCUGGUUUUUUUUUUCCACCCACCUUCUCCAUCUUCAAAGGAAGUUUGUGACAAAACAUUUAGAAACAAGCAGUCAGAAACCCAACCUUCUUAUUCACAGGCAGAGGUUUGGUUGCAGAGCACUCUGCAAUUUGGCUUGCAUUUUGAAAAGAGCUGUUCCCUGACGUUGCCCUUGCCCUGCAAGACACGGAGCAAGAACAGACUCUCCUCGAGCAGGGGUUCAGAGACAGCUCUGCUGAGCUGCACCAAAGACAUACGUGGCUUCAGGAUAUUUAUUUAUUUAUUUGGAGGGCUAACAAUUUGGAAGCACCUCAGUACAAAGAGCUGUCCUUCCUCUGGGCUAACACAAUGCCAAACUGCCAGUUGCUCUGCUUUUGCCAGCAUUAUUCCCAAGCCACAUGGCUUCGGUCAGAGCUAGGCUCCAGCACACACUGGAAACCACAAGCCAACUUUUCUCUUUGCCAAGGUCCAGCCCUCUCCUCUCCCUUUCUCCAACUUGCAUGUUUGUUAUCUGUAAUAAGAUCUUUUUACUCUGGGUUUCCUUCCAUCACCCCAUCCCUUUACAGCCCUGCAGAUAAGCACAAUGGCUCUCCCUUGCUUUUUUUCGUGGUUAGGAGGGACAAACAGCAGAUGGGAUCUGCUCAGAACAAAGCAUAGACAGAAAAGUGGGCACUUCUGUUUGUUUGCAUGAUCUCAUCGCCUUCUCACCCUGUAGGAGCCAGUCCAUGCCACUGAGUGAGAGUAGAGAGGGGAACAGAUGGGUCUAGAGAAAUUAUAUUUUGGCUUCUUUUGCCCCUAAGACCCCAUAAUUUGAUCAAGCAUGAAUCAAUGCUAAAGAUUCCUCGUACGUCUCUCCCUGGGACUGUGUCUCCAAGGCUCUACAAAUUAAAAGAGACAAAUCCCAGCUACACCUGAGGGUUAAGAGAGAAGGUGGGAAAAGAUGGGAUGGUGACCCAGGAGACAAGCUCAAAACAAGGGCAGACUUUCUUGCACCCUAUCUUAAAGCUGCCCAAAGGGAUGAGAUGGCCUGAUGUGCUUAGUCAAUGUCCUUUAUUUUUCCCCUCCACAUUUAUACAAGUUUGUGCUCUUGCAAGCUUUGUUUUUGAUACUUUGGUGAUUGACAAUGUGCAUGUGUGAUGUCAGGUUUGCUUUUUGUUAUAGCCUUCCCCCUGCCCCAUCUGGGCAUCUCUGGGGGGGUACUGAAUGAGAACUUAGAAGGCAAAACAAAAAGCUUCUUUUUCUUUUUUAUAUAAUAGAAACCAAACCACUGAAAAGGCUUCCUUUUAUCCAAACACCUCUAUCUGCCUGAGGACACUGGGAGCAAGGAAACCACAGCUCUUCAAGGAGCAGCAGUGAUCUCAGGAAGCCCAUAUGGCUUGGCCACAGGCUUGGUAUCUGCAGCGUGUAAAAGCUCGGUUUGGGAAACGUACAGCGGGACAGGACAAGCUGCUCAGCACUCUGCAACUUGCCUCCUACUUGAUCUUUUCUCUGUUGGGGGUAAUGAGGAAAUCAAGCUUGCAAGGUUUGACCUCGUUGCCCCAGGAGAGCCCCAGCUAAAAUGACAGAAGCAUGUAAGGAGAAUGAAUGCCUGGUUAAUCCCCAGGAGGACGAAGCUAAGCUGAAGGCUGUAAGCUCACGUGGGCAGGGACCAUGUCUGUUACAUGUUUGUUCUGCGUCUAGCACAAUAGGGUUCUCUAGGUGCUACUGCAAUACAAAGAAUAAACAAUACAGUUACUCCAGAAAGUCAGUUUCUUCUAUCUUGACACAGUUUGUUAAAAAUCAUUUGACAUGGAUUUUAAAUAAACGUUUUAAAUACAUUUUAAA